GUUGCGUCCCUCGAAAGAUUCCUUGUAAUUGUGAAUUGUUUUACUGAAGAUGUUAAAAAUAUAGUAUAUAUUUAAGCAUUGACUUGUUCCCCUUGCUAUAACUUACUGGGCCUUGUACCUAUGCUAGAAACUAUUUAAUUGAACAUUAAUAUUUCACUUCGUUCAGUUAAGGAGACUGAGAAAGUUAAAGAUAAUCGAAGUUUUCGAGUCGUGAUUUUAACAGGCAUAAGAGAUUCACAGAGUUACACAGCAUGCCUGAAGUUUGCUACAAAGAUUCUGCUGGAUGUCAAUUACUCAGCUAUGAUUACAAUGAAUUUUUGGUGCCAUCAUUUCCAAAUAUUCAAGAAAAUAUGGACAGACUUCCAGACAUGCCAGUAAGAGAUGAUGAUGUUUUACUUCUAGGCUAUUUUAAAGCUGGUUGUCAUUGGAUGUGGGAAAUUGCUGGAAUGUUAGUUAAUGGUUCUGCUGAAUAUAAUCCAGAACACAAGAGUGUUGCAAUGAUGGAAUUGAUGGACCAAGACCAACUAGACCAGCUUCCAUCACCCAGAGUUCUAAACAACCACCUGUUCUUGCAUCAUUUACCUAGAGAGAUAUUUACCAAAAAAACUAAAAUGAUUUUCAUGACACGCAACCCACGUGAUAUUGCCACCUCUGCCUACCAUCACACAUUUCAGCUUAAGUUACUGUAUCAAUAUGAUGGCGAUUGGAAUGGCUUCUUUGAGUUGUUUUUUGAUGGUAAAUUGAAUUACGGUAACUGGUUUGAAUAUAUGCUCCAGUGGGAGAAGGAUAUCAAAGACCAUCCAGAACUACCCAUUUUGAUAGUUAAAUAUGAAGACCUUAAAAAGGAUCCAGUGAGCAACGUGGCUAAAGUGGCUGAGUUUUUAGGCCUUCCUAAAAAUGACCAACUUUUUGAAGAUAUUGCUGACAAAUGUACUUUUGACAAAAUGAAGGCUGCAAAACUUCCGCACCCUGAAUUUUUUCGAACUCCUAGUGAAUCAUUUCUCCGUAAAGGUGUUGUUGGAGACUGGAAGAAUUGGUUCACAGUUUCUCAAAAUGAAAGAUUCCAAGUGGAAUGUGACAAAUUUGACAAGCAAUCUACGUUGUUUAGUACAAAGUACUAAAUAUCACUUUAGUGUUAUUAUGGCUUUCUCACAGACAUUUUUAUACUGCAUGUGUUAAUAUGCUUGAUAUUUUUAUUGAUACCUGAAAAAUCCCUUAAUUCCUAUAUAUGUAGAAUAUGUUUUAAAAUUGUUAGUUUAGUAAUAACAAUAAUAAUCCUUUCUACUAAAGGCACAAGGCCUGAAAUUUGGGGGAGGGGGGAAAGUUGAUUACAUUGACCCCAGUACUCAGCUGCUACUUAAUUUACUGACCCCGAAAGGAUGAAAGGCAAAGUCAAUGUUGGCAGAAUU